UGACGCGAAUGUUUUUAUCAAUCAGCAGUACUAGCAACAACAACAACGACGACAUCAGUGGAAGAAAAUUUUUGCAAUCGUCACCCAUCGAGGGCUGAUAAAAUUCUUGCGAUUCUUGCGGUUGCGAUAGGUUUUGUGGUUGGAGAGCUUUCCUAAAUUGCGAACGGUUGUGCAUCGGUGGAUGUCGGUCGCAGGACGGUCGUGGUAAUGUCGUGCGAAGUGAAACUGCUGGCCAAUGUGGACGAUUUACGCGAAGUGCAGGAACAGUUCGGGCUGAGCUCAGAGGAAAACUGGCUCAACGCCGUGUCAUACUCGCUCUCCCCGGCCGGUGACAUCCUCGCGUUCGGUCACGGUUCGAUCCUGAUCAUCCUCACGUCCAAAUGGGACCGCCAGCGGCAGCUCAGUGUCUUCAGGAUCGCCUGGAAGGGUGCGAUCGACGAUCCGAACUGUCUGAUCACAAGUGUCCUCUGCACGCCGAUCGUCGGCCAGGGCAAUUCGUCGACCAGUGUGGUAGAUUUCAGUUUCAUUGUAGUGGGGUUGGAUAGUGGGCAAGUGUUGUUUUAUGGCGAGAAUGGGACGUUGAUCCACGCGCAGCUGUUCCACCAGGAACCGGUGCAAGCGAUCAAGGCACAGAGUGGGAAACAUAUCAACGAAGAGCUGUACGUGUUUCAUCCGUCGUGUGUAGUGAUCGUGCAGGGUGCGCAGCUGUUCCCUUUGUUGAGAAGCCUGAAGCAGCAAAUCGGGCGGUAUGGGUUGGGGAGUCCGCGAGUGAACGAAGCGCAGGAAGUGAUCGCGUGUCGUAAGUGGAACUAUGGGAAGAAUAUGACCGUGCAGGAUAGUGUUGUGGUGGGGCUGCAGAAAACCUGCACGUUCGAUCACCUGUUGACGGCUAGUCUGGAGGGUGGGUUCUUUGCGAAGUAUCGACAUGCUCCGCCGCAGAAUUCGUUGAUCGUGGCGGCCGGCAUGAAGCCUUACAUAGGGUUUCACUACGCUAAGGAGGGGUUCACGCAGCCUGUAUUGGCAGAUGUGGCGAGGGCCGUGGCAAGCAAGAUCAAAUCAGCACUACCGUCCUGGUUUGGUGGAUCGUCAACUUCGCAAGCUCCCGCAGAGCCACAGCUGCCGCCUUCGGAACCGUUGAUCUGCCGCUUUGGGCUUUGUGAUAUUCAGCGAAACGCUUUCUCCGUUUGGUUAGCUCCAAACUACACCCUGGCAGCCGUGGCGGACAGCUUGGGCCGAAUAGUUCUGGUGGAUUGCAUGAAGGGGAUCGCGUUAAGGAUUUGGAAGGGUUAUCGGGAUGCGCAGUGCGGGUUUGUCGAAGUCACUGAAAAGGUCGCUAAGGAUGCGGUAACGAAGCAGGAUCGACGGAAAGCAAUGUUCUUGGUGAUCUACGCCCCACGGCGGUCGGUAUUGGAAGUGUGGUCGUUGCAGAACGGUCCCAAGGUAGCCGCGUUCUCUGCUGCUAAGAAUGGUCAAUUGGUGUACAAUACGCACAGUUUUAUGGGGGUGAGUGCGGGAAGUAGUAAGGUGAAGUACACUGGGCAUGGAUGUACAUUUUUCGAUCCAAGUGACAACUCGUUGAAAGAAAUCAGUAUUCCGUUUCAUUGUGCGCUCAGUGAUUCCAAGUCGAAGACUGCCAAAGAUCUGCAUUUGUUGAAGAGGUUGAAGAUCUGUUUGAAAGCGGGAGAUGGGAGUGAAGCCGAAGAGCUCGAAGAGAUGGUAGAAAUGUGCAAAAGCUUUGAAACCGAUGAGAUUAAGCAGCAGUGCGUCGAGAUGCUUGUGAAACACAAGAAGAUCAAGGCAAAGCUGUUCCGUAGUGCUGUAGAAGUAUUUGGGAGAUUCGAUGAAGACGAAGAAGUUCAGGAACUUGAGCAUGACGGUAGACGUAAGCAUUUGAAGGUGAUCUGCGAGAAUUAUCGGAAACUGACACUGUUCUACUUGUUCUUGGUGGGAGAGUUAUCUGUCGAAGAUCUAGUCAACAAGUGUCCUAAGGAGCCGGAGAUAAGCAGUGAAGAAGACAAAUGUCCUGAAGAGCAGAUUACAGAUGACCAGACAGAUUCCGUUGAUGAUCAGUCACAGCUGGACAUAAAGGAUAUCGAGCCAACGGCUUCCAAACUCAACUUGGAUGAAAACGUGAAGCUAUCCGAGCUGGAGUUGGCUUCGAUUGGGAAACUUAUCGAACUGCUCGCAAUGAAUAGCUCUUCGGAAGGUACUUCGACAACUCGGGUCACCUUCGAGGAAACGACCGCCAAAAGCAAUACCUUCCAGGAAUACAUAUCGUACUUCAAUGUGUCUAACGAAGGCUUGAUUCUGCUCAAGGACGACUCCGGCCAUUUACACAGCUCUCUGGGUAGAAUCAUCUUUGAAGAUAUUUACCAGAGUAACGGCGCUAGGUUAACAGGUUUCGUUACCGCUGCAAGUACAUCCGGCUUGAUGUACGAUGACCUUUUGAAGCUGUUCCUCGCGUACUGGCUUCGCAUUCCCUUUGUGUAUAAAGAUAUAGCAGAACUCGCUGAAGAUCUGAACAAGUUCAACAAAGUUCUUCGCCGGAUUUGUUCCCUUGUGGAAGAGCGAAUACGCUUUGAAAACAACACCAUCUGCCUUUGGUGGCAAAAUGCUCGAGAAUACCUAUUGGAGUCGCCUUGCGCGUUGCGUGGAUUACUGGCAGCGAUCUUGUGCCGUAACGAAGCGUUGAAAUACGAGGAGCACAGUGAUGAGGAUGAUUACCAGUUCGAAGAGGUAUCCCAGGAAGCAUGUCAGUGGACACUGCUGAUCGGGAAACUCGAUGACGUAUCCGUACUGGGAGCGAUCCUUGCAGAAAACCUGAAAUGCUUGAACCCAAAGCAUCCAUGUUUGAAGUAUCAAAAACCAGACGUUAGCUUGAAGGAGAUUCUGAAGGGAGGACAGGGAAUCGUAGCGGAGAUUGUUGCCAAGUGGGUUGGUGCUACUGGAAUCGAUCCGGAGAAACUUGUGAUUGAAGUCCCGGAGGAAGCAGUUGAAGACGAGAAUGCCGGUGUUCAGGAACCUGCGGCUACCGAAAAAAAGGAACGAAAACGUUUGGAGUUGCUCAAACAGAACCUUAUCGAAACGAGUGAGUAUGGAGGAAGUAGCGACUCAGAAUUAGAUCCCGUACUUUACAACCUGAGUAUUCUUCGACAACACUUCCCGUUCAGUUUGGACAGCGGAACUCUACUAAGUCAUCUCGCUUGGGAGUACAUCUGCGAUUGGAGCAAAAAUAUGUCCAAUAUUGACCUACUCUCUGCCGGGUUAGCAUGUCUUAAAGCAAUCCCCCGUCUGCAAUACUCCAUGAAACAUGGCCUAUGCUGUAUGAUCUGGAAUGCUCACCUCAAAAUCCCCCUGGAAGCUACGAAAAAGCUCGUUAACAAGGUUGGUCGUCUCCCGAAAGAAAAGCUCUGCCUCCAGGACAUUGGGAUAUCGGACGCCUUGGUGCCGCAGUAUCUGGAGAACUGCCUCGAGUUCUUCGAUCAUUUCAGUAACUCCAUUGACCACGACAAGCUGGAAUUAAAGUUCGAGGAACUGCUUCAAGAUGGCCCUAUUCCGCUAACAGCCCUGGCGGUUCAACAAAAUUCAGCCAACAUGGCGCUUCUGAAACUACAUCACGAACUAACAACCGUACUGCUCAUUCUGACGUCGUUCAACGUCAAAUACCAAAAACCGAUCCAGCAGUUCUACGACGGCAUGGCCAACCAGUCGUUCUUCGCCGAGAUCAACCGGCAGUUGGCGUACAGUUUGCCGAAGGCGGAUCUCCUGUUGAAGCGGGUACGGUUUGAGUUUCUCUGCAAAACCAUCACGGCAACGAUGGAUCUUAUUCGAGAGGACAUGGAAAACGUGUUCUACACCGAUCACAUCGCGUGGAUGGAGAGGAUCGAGCAGUUGGCCGAAGUGUGGGAGAUCAGCGUGACGGAACUGAAGAAACAUCAGAUCGUUGAACUGUACGCCCACGGUUGGGACACGUACGCCGAGGAGCUGCUGGAGAACAUCGUCCCGGACCAGGCGCUCGGCAAUCUGCUGCUGGCAAUCGCCGGCCGCCGUCUAACCAUGCACACCAAGGCCAAUCCGCGCAUCUGGGGCCAGGUGGCUGCCGUGGGACCGCUGUUGACCGACUAUCUGGACACACUCAUUUCAUCGGAAAAUCAAGGCCCACAGUUGCGAUUCGCCGAGGGUAACGAAGCCAGCACCGCAUCCGGAGACAUUUCCAUUGACAAGCUCGCCCGCCUGGUGGAGCGAACGUUUCGCAGUUUGAGUACGCCCAGCGCCAUCCCACCCUCGUCGUCGCAGGGUAGCAACGGAAGUAGCAAUAGUAUCGGCACUUCGUCGUCAUCCGCCUCGUCGUUGCAAAAUGUCACCGGCAGCAAGAGCAGCAGCAGCAGAAGCAGUGGUGCAAAAACGAAAGAACUGCGAAUCGCCGGGCUACUGUUCGAUGCUUGCGCUACCAUUAGGGAAUUGAGCAUAACCGGAAUCGACGCGCGGAAACGGUAUCGACAAACUGACGGCAACGAUGAUGACGACAAUGACGAUACUGCAGCAGCAGCAACAGCAGGUAACAAGCCAUCAGAAUCCAGCAGACGCGGAAAGUUGUUAAAGUUUUAACCUCACCAAAUAUUCAUGAACCUGCUGCUGACGAAUGUCGUCUUGCGUGGGUUGACGACGAGCCAGAGCAAAAGAGUAAUCAAGACCGGAUGAUUUGUAUAAUCCCCUCCGCGCCGGAAAGUGGAUUAAGCUUACACUAGGAGAAGUUAUGUAGCCAGCGUAUUGUUAGUUAGGUUUGGACGGGCGCGAGCGGGCGGGUCGCAAAAUGAGCGCAGAUUAUGAAUUCAAUAUAAUUCCUGUUAAAUUUCA